GUCCCUUGUCCCGGUCUCUGCUCCUGCUCCUGCUGAGGCCGUGCCUCAAGUUCUGCCUGUGCCUUCUGCAGGUGCUCCUGCAGCCACAGCCAUGUCCUGCUACGACCUGUGCCGGCCCUGCGGCCCCACCCCGCUGGCCAACAGCUGCAACGAGCCCUGUGUCCGGCAGUGCCAGGACUCGCGGGUCAUCAUCGAGCCGUCCCCCGUGGUGGUCACCCUGCCCGGGCCCAUCCUCAGCUCCUUCCCCCAGAACACCGCCGUGGGAUCCUCCACCUCCGCCGCCGUGGGCAGCAUCCUGAGCGAGUCCGGGGUCCCCAUCAACUCGGGCGGCUUUGGGCUCUCGGGGCUCUCUGGCCUUGGUGGCCGCUACUGCGGCCGCAGGUGCCUGCCCUGCUAG